AUGCCGUCAAAAAAGGCCAAACAGGAUCCUAAGAAGAAACCUGUAAGGAAAUGGGAACAGUUUGCGGGCAAGGAUACUACUAUGCCUGAUGUGCCGGCGUGGGAUAUGACCUGUGUGCUCAACAUUUUUGGUUCAGCAAGUACAAAGGCCCACAAACUCUCUGUGUAUGAUCACUUCAACCUUGUUCAGCAACAGUGGUACAACUUUCAAAAGAUCGAGCGUGCAGACAAGACCACACCUAACGGUGUCGACAUCACCCGAUUCAUCAUGGUCUCAAACAUCAAAGACAAACCCACCAUUUCUGCCAACACCGUCUGUCGAGAAAUUGGCCACAUCAAGAUGAUAGCAAGGGAUAAUGGGAAGGGGGACCUUUCCUCAAUCCCGUCAAAGAGGCCAACAUCAAAACCUACAUCCAAAGAGCCAUCAAGAAUGACUGGGCCACCAUCGCUUUCUCAAAUUGGGUGUUCCAACUGGGAUGUUCCAGUAUCUCGUAUCCUCACUGUUGUCUUGGCAGUCGCCACCGGUUGUUGCACCGGUGCGCUUGGGAUCACGGAUGAGGCCCCCUCCACUGCGUCUUUCCGCUACGAGGAUUUUGAAAUUGUGGUGCAAGCGCCCAAUAACCCUGACACCAAAACGACAUUGGAGGACAUCCAAGCCUGUCGUAUUCACAUCCAAUACGACAAGGGUCACAAAGUCACCCCACACGGGGUGGCGCAAGAUGUAUUCGAAUUGGCUGGUUGUGGUGAUUAUAGCAAUAACCGUGACUGGGUGGCACAAAAGCUUGCUCAUUCAGCUCACGCUGUCAAAAAUGGAACGGCCGAUUGCUAUACAGGUUGCAGUAAGACUGACGACCUUGCCGCCAGACAACUCUUUGCCAAUCUUGAACCGUUCAAUCUGGAUCUUUUCAGUAAAGGAGGUCUGGGCCCUGGAGCCUAUACAGACAAUCCGUAUGGAAGUGAUGUAAAAAAAAUUGUUGCAGCCUCUGAAUCAAUCUCGUCCGCUUCAAUUUCCAAGGCACCUCAAAAAGGUCAAAAGGGCAGUAAGAAAAGGGCCUUGGUUGAAGAAGACAAAGCCACUGGCGAGGAGGGUGAAGAGGAGAUGGAUCAUCGUCACAUGAUGGCAUUCAACCGGAAAUGCAAAGCAGCUCGUGAAAACGGAAGCAGUCCGCCUCUGUGGGUAGAACCGCCCCCAUCAGAGAAAACUUUAGAAUGGCUGCCUCGUGGAGGAUCCCAAAAUCUGCCAUCACCUCAUCAUUUCAAACGUAAGGUCACACCAGGCUGUUUGUAUUGGACCGAGAGGGGUGAGAGCCUAACCUCCCACGCAGCAAUAUGCACCAAAGAAUUAGUGGCGGAAAAGUUAAAACCUGGACCAUUUGAAUGCGACUACAAGGACUGCAAAAAAAACGUUUAUGAAAGCGAGGGCCCUGAGGAUUCACCAUUGGGAUUCGCAUGA